AUGUUUGCACAAGUGACCCCCCUUCUCGGCCUAGUAGCUGCGGCAUCUCUGGCCGUAGCAGGUCCCAUCAAUAUCCUUUUCAAAGACGUUGUGAUUGUGGGUGGUGGUGCUUCUGGUGCAUACGCUGCUGUCCGGCUGCGCGAUGAUUUUCACAAGAGUAUUGCCCUAAUUGAGCAACAGAGCAUGCUAGGAGGGAUGGUGAAUACCUAUGUUGAUCCCAAGACUGGCAUCCCCUAUGACUAUGGCGUCAAGAGCUUCAUCGAUACCGGUAAUGCCACGGGGUUCUUUGAGCGCUUUAACAUCCCUAUGGGAAAGCUCUCGAGUAAAAGGCUCACGACCGAGUACAUCAAUUUCCAAAAUGGCAAUGUGGUCGACUUUACGCCGCCCCCAUUUGCUGAUCAACUCACGGCCUUGGCCAAGUUCCUCGAGGUCGUGGAGCCAUGGGAGCAUCUCAUGCAGCCUGGGUACUACAACUUCCCCCCGCCAGGAGCUAUUCCCGAAGAUCUCCUGAUCCCCUUUGGUGACUUUGCUACCAAGCAUGGUAUCGAGAAAGCCGUACCUCUCAUCUAUCAGACCACCGGCUUCGGACUCGGAAACAUGAGUAAAGAAACGACCCUGUUUGUGCUGCAAGCGUUCGGGGCCUCCAUGGCUCGCUCAAUGCUGGGUAAACAGGCAUCCUUUGUCCCUGCUUCGGGCCGCAAUCAGGAUUUGUAUGAUGCGAUCGGCAAACAUCUCGGAAAGGAUGUCCUGUACUCGAGCACGGUGAUCGACAGCAAACGUACCAAGUUCGGGGUCUUCCUCACCGUCCAGAACAGCCAGACGGGCCAGAUCACUCUCAUCACGGCGCGCCGACUCCUUCUGGCCAUUGAACCAACCGCGGCCAACAUGGCCCCCUUUGAUCUGAACCGGAACGAGCGUACUGUCCUGUCCAAAUUCACCUACACCAACGAAUACGCCGGCAUAGUCAACAACGCGGCCUUUGCCGCCAACCACUCCUACUACAAUCUCCCUGAAUCGGCCGCCCCGAGCAACUAUUUGGCCUUGCCCGACGCCUCUUUUACGUGUCGCAUUGACUACCUUGGUGGAGAUCAUCUGUUCCGACUCACCAUUGUCGGUGACAACGAGCUUGACAGCGCCGGCGCCAAGCGGUUGGUCCAGAAGAACUUCGACACACUGCUCCAGGCCGGACGCUUGUUGGAGUCCGAAUCGGGACAGCAGCUGAACUUUGUGGAUUUUGCUACUCACGGCCCCAUGCACGCCCGAGUAUCCGUUGCCGAGCUUCAGGACGGUUUCUACCAGAAGUUGUACGCUCUGCAAGGCGGGCGCUCGACCUGGUGGACCGGUGGCGCCUUUUCGGUAAAUUUCCAGACCACCUUGUGGGAGUACGACGAGCUUCUGUUCCCGGAGAUCCUCAAGGGACUUUUUUAA